CACACGCACACAAUUCAACACGUCGUCCAGAUUUGCUUCCGUUGUCCUCAACCUCAGCCUGUGACAGGCACUUCUCUGUCGAACAUGGAUCAGCUUAAUGUUUAGCCCACGAUCCACAAACACACACACACAUACACACAGAGGGGGAUUAACAAGGCACAGGGACACAUAUGCUACCUGAGGAUGGAGGCGAGAAUACUGCAUGAGAGGAGAACACGAGGUAGUGGUGACUCAGGACACAUUGGAGAGGAAGUCCAAACAAGCGUCUCCACUCGUCCACUGUCUAUGCUGGCUCGUCUCUACGUGUAUGCCCUGCAUGGCUGUCUCUGUGAGGUGUGUUUCACCGCCGUGCUGGACUGGUGCAGCAUCCAGGACAGGAGGAUGAUGGGCUACAGCAGUCUCUGGGCGCUGCCUAUGUAUGCCAGUGCAAUCUACGUCAUGGAGAGGCUGAGAAGCUGGCUGCUGACUCAUCAUCAACCACUGCCUCUGCGCCUCGUAACCUACACCCUGUUCAUUUACCUGUGGGAAUUCACCUGGGGAACUGCACUCAGGUUGCUGAAGGCGUGUCCGUGGGAUUACUCAGGUUAUAAAUACAACCUGGGAGGACUGGUGACUCUGGAAUAUGCUAUUCCUUGGGCUGUUGCAGCCUUUAUUGCAGAGCAACAUGUGAUCACAAACACCCUGAGGAUAAGACUGUACAAGUAAACAGGUAUUCUUUAAAAAAAAAAAAAAAAAAGCCUCCAACAGCAGCUACAGUAUAAAACAAAGAAUGGGUAUUAAUUUAGGAACAAAUGUUUUUUGGUGUAACUCAGAAGUGUGUUUUUAUAAAUUCUGAUAUUUUUUGUACUGCUGUCAAAUUUUGUAAGCCAUUGUGAUAUUUUCUGAUAAUUUUUUUGUUUGUUGUAUUGCAAUUGCAAAACUGUCGAUUUUUGAACUCUCAAUUAAAUGAUGGUGAUCUUGAUAAGACGUGUCUCCAGAACAGCGGUGCCCAUAGUGCGGCCCGUGGGCCAUUUGUGGCCUGCAGCCCAUUGUAAAAGUAUAAUUUAACAAUAAAACGUAAAAAAAAAAACAACAGUAAAAAUAGAAACAUCAGCAGUAA